AGGAAAAACCAAAUGCUAAAAAGCGCAGCAUCUCUCCUCUUUCUCAGCUCAUACUACUCCGCCAACAUUGUAUUGUGUUGUAUCUCUCCCUUCCUUCUGCCCCUCUUCGCCAAUUUUACUUUUCUUCUUCUGCUUCGUUGAUUGCGCCAACUGUUUGAUAUUUGGUCUAGCUGAACAAGAUGCCCCGCCCAGGUCCCAGACCGUACGAGUGCGUGCGCAGAGCUUGGCACAGUGAAAGGCACCAGCCCAUCAGAGGUCUCGUUAUCCAACAGAUUUUCAGACUCGUACACGAUAAUCACUCCGCCGCUACUAAAAAGAACAAAGAAUGGCAAGAGAAGCUCCCUAUUGUGGUGUUAAAAGCGGAGGAAAUCAUCUACUCCAAAGCCAACUCCGAGGCUGAAUACUCGAAUGUUGAGACACUAUGGGACCGAGUGAAUGAUGCCGUCGACACAAUUAUUAGGAAAGACGAGAGCACGGAGACUGGGGAGCUUCUGCCUCCCUGUGUUGAAGCUGCACUUAACCUAGGGUGUGUACCGGUAAGGGCAUCGAGGAGCCAAAGGCACAACAAUCCGAGGACUUACCUCAGACCGUCGUAUGAAGAAUGCAACAAUAGCUUGUCUCCGAGGUUCCUAAGUGACAAUGUGAAUGAACGGAAUCUUGAUUUUCCGGCCACCCAAGCCACCAGUAGCUCGAUGCUCAAGAUGCCCCAACAUGUGGAUUCGUCCCGUUCAGUUUGGGAUUCUAGCAAGCGAGUCAUACCCAACAGUACUAACCAGCACCACAUUGCUUCUUCAUUUGAGACGAAGAAGCUUCAUUGUAUUGGCAAUGGUAAUGCUUCACUUAGUAGAAGCUCGGUGUACCCCUUGUACUAUGGGAUGACGUUCAAACCCGAGGUUCGUCAGUUGGGCUUUCACGAAGCUCAAAAGUCGGAUUCUGUAAUCAUUGGUGUGCCGGUGUUUUCAUCACCUGCUGAACCUGCUGCCGAAGUUGGUUGCUUACAGAAUCUAUUCCCAUAUGGCGAGGAUAAGUUUUUUGGGAAGCGGACAUGUGACGUUGCUUCCAAGGAUAGCAAAGGGAAGGGAACUCAUGCGGGCUUUGACUUGUCCCUAAGGUUGGGACUAUUUUCUGAUUCGAAUUCGAGCAGGGAAAAGGCCUCUGGUUUUGUUACUGAUAGCCUUGGUCGUAGGUUAUCUUCAUACGAAGGCCUUCCCGUGGAGAAGGAGUUCCCUUUCUUUCCUAUGGAGCCUGCUCAUAACACAACGUGGUUGAAUAGAAGUAAGCGGAAUGAAGAGAGUGAGAGUCAGAAUGCGGAUUUAGUUUCUAGGAAGCGUAGGCUAUCGGUUAGUGGAGAUUUAGGAAAUGAUCAAUUUUUCUGGUCACAGGAUUCAACUAACCAUUUUGUUGGUCAAAUGAGAAGACCUGGAACUCCAAUGCAACGAAGCAAUGAAAAGGGGUUGCGUCUGCGCAUUCCUCUGAUGAUGCCUCGUCGAAGCAUUGUUAGGUACACGGCUUGGCCCGGUUGAAUUCUUGGAUGGCUGAAGAGUUCAAUUGAUAUAGUUUGUCAGAUUAGUAACUACAGAGGUUUGAAAAGGAUGAAUUAUUGAGGAGUAGUGUUGUGUCAUAAAAGUGGGGAGUGGUCCUUGAAAGGUAAGGGAUAGGUUGGCAUGUGUGUGUGUGUGUGUUAGAUGUCACCUCAUGUUCCCAAAUGCAACCCAACAUUACAUUUGGCAGAAGAGGUGGUUUUUCACUUUAAUCAAUCACACCUCACCUCAAUUAUUCUUUGCAUGUUUCCUCCAUUUAUUAUUCUGAAUUGGAGUAUUAUAUUUGAGGCCUUUAUUUGUGAAA